ACAUCAACCAUGAACAACCGCUUGAACCCAAUAAUAUCCCACACCCACCACAAAUGCGCCUCAAGCUGAAGCCAUCAAAUAAGUUCAGCUGCCAAGAAUAUCCUCUGAAGCAUUGCUUUGAAAUGAAAUAGCAAGAUCUUUGGUUGAGCAUAGGGUAUCUUCUUUGUUCUCACUUCAUCCAAUUCGUCAAGCCAGAGUCCAGUCUCACUUUUUCUUUCCUGGAAGAGAGAGAAGAUGGAUCCAACCCAAUCAUCCACAGUUCCUUCCGAAGAAGCCAAUUCCACAGAAAACAUGAUGAUGACGGGUGCUUUUGCCACUCCAGAAGCAACGGCCACCACUACUGCCGGGAUUUCCUCUCCUGCUGCAGGUACCACUGAUGUUGAGACUACCCAAGUAGGAACCAACGGCAACAGCGUCAAUCAAAGUUCUGCGGUGACGAUGAGCACUGGCAGCAACAAGGGAGUUACCUGGGGAGGCCAUUCCGUGGGCAAACCAGCGAGCAGCGACAACGAUUCCAAGAUGAAUCGCCGGCAACAGCUGGCUCAAAUGAGUGAUGUGUCAUUCAAGCGUCAGAAAGUGGAACAGCAAGUGACCAAUCAUGUCUUUUUGCCGUGGACCCCGAGCUACCGUUAUUGGUGGGGCUUUUCCUGCUUUUGGAGUGUCAUGACCAUCUUCUUUGAGACCUUCCAGAUCGCCUUUAGUCCUGCUGGGAUGCCACCUCCACACAACGAUGCCGCUUCGGUCCUCGAAUUCCUCUUUAUGGCCAUUUUCACGGUGGAUAUUCUCGUGCAUUUCAAUUUGGCCUUUUACAACGAUCACGACGAAAUGAUCACCGACCGACGCUUGAUUGCACGCAAUUAUUUCAAACUCAUGUUCUGGGUUGAUCUCAUUGGAGUAUUCCCUUUCUACUAUGUCGCUUUGGCGAUUACCGGAGAAAUGGGACAAGAUUCCGACUUGGCACGAUACUUGAGUAUCUUGAGGCUCUUUCGAUUGGUGCGAUUGCAUCGCAUCAAACAACUAUUUGAUGCGCUCCAGUACAAUACUCAUGUCUCAUUGACAGCGCUGACUCUGACACGAAACUUUGGGGCCGCAAUGGUGUGGACGCAUUUUGCCGCGUGUGUCAUGUACUUUAUUGCUCGUCAGUACAACUUUGAAAACGAAGAAACGUGGAUUGGAGGACAAGUCAAUGAAUCGACUGGAUAUGAACGCUAUGUCACGGCCUUGUAUUGGUCCGUCGUCACCUUUACGACAGUGGGAUACGGCGACUUUUCCCCCGUAAACCCAGCGGAGCAAAUCUUUGGAAUGAUUUACAUGCUGAUCAACAUGGUUAUAGCUGCGUGGAUGAUUGGUUCCAUUACACUCCUCAUUGUCAAAAAAGAUGAAGUGACUUCGGAGUAUCGAGAUACCUUGCUCACAUUGGACAAUUACGCCAAAAUUCAUGAUUUUGAUCGACGAUUCCGUAAACGACUUCGUACUCAGGCAAAACUAUACUUCAACAACAGACAGAUCGCCGAUGAAGAAGUGUUGCAGAACUUGCCACUCUCCGUACGGCGGAAGGUCCUCCGUAAACUAUAUCUACCCUCCCUACUGCAAACCAGUCUCAUGAAGGGCAUUCGUCAGCAGUUUGUGGACGCUUUCUUGACCAAUUGCACUGUCGAGAUUUUCAGUGCCGGGGAAGAAAUUCUCUCGAGGGGUUGUGCUUCCAAUGAUCUAUACUUGCUGGUCGACGGAAAAGUCAAGCUGCUAGAUGCAUUUAGCCGCGAUCAGCAAGAACACGACAAUCGACGCAGACGACGGGAUUCCAUGGGAGACGAAACCUCCUUCUUCGAAACUACCAGUGUUGGUGACAGUGAAGGUUUUAAAGAAGGCUAUAGUGAUGUUCGUAUUCUGGGCCCAGGUCAUUUCAUCAAUGACAUCAGCUUCUUUACUGAAACGCCCAAUACGGAUACGUCUCGCACAAAGACAGUCUGCAAGACGUUGACUCUAUCCCAAAGUGCCUACAAAAUGAUUGCAGACGAUCAUCCCGGAAGUAUUGGUAAAAUCUUAUCCAAUCUACUGCACAAAGUUGAAGAAAUGGCCGAAGAAGUUGGAGACACCGACAUGUGCUUAACCAAACGCAUGGAGGUGCUCAAGGCUGGCUCGGUCUUUGAUAUGAACGCGUCACGUGCCUUCGCCGAUGCAUCUGAGCGUAGUGACAGUGAUCCUCUGGAUAUGCACAAGGCCGUUGCUACUAUUCAGGCCCAGUCUGCGGUUGUGGCGUGCAAGGAUGUCAUCAAGAUGCAUAUUGACAAGAUGAAAGAUGACCACACAACACGCUUCCUCUUUGCCGCGUCCCGAAAUAGUACGGCAACCAUUACCCUGAUGUGCGACCAGGGCUUUGACCCCAAUUCUGCUGACUACGACCAUAGGACGGCGUUGAUGGUAGCCUCCAUGAAAGGCAACAUUGAAGCGGUCAAAAAGCUGCUGGAGUAUCAAGCAGAUCCCAACCUAGCAGACAUGCACGGGACAACGGCCCUCCACGAAGCUGCCAAGAACGGGCAUGAAGAGACAAUGGCACUGCUGAUGGAACACGGUGCCGAGCUGUGCAUGUCAGAAUACGAAUCCGCCUCCGUCAUGUGCCAGACCGUCUUUGAUGGAGACACGGUGAAGUUGCGUCGUUUGCUAACAGCCAAGGUUAACGUCGAUGCUGGCGAUUAUGACAAGCGGACAGCCGUUCACAUUGCGGCCGCCGAGGGUAAUCUCGUCGCUCUCAAGGUUUUGGUGGAGUUUGGCGCUGAUUUGACAGUGCGUGAUCGUUGGAACAACACUGCUAUGGACGAGGCCAAGAGUGUUAAGGCCCAACACGUUCUCGACUUUUUGGAAACCGCGCUGGCCGAGGGCAACUAAUAAUUGAUGUUUGACCGCCUGAUGGCUGUUUUGACCGAGGAAAAAGAGGAGAGAGAUGAUUUACAAUUUUGUGUCUUCAGUAUUUUGAGCUUUGAUUAGCGAUUUCUGAAUUUUUACAUGUAUCAAUAACCAUUUUUAAAAACCGAAUGCAUGUGACUGCUGU